CUAUAUCUCUUUUAUGUUUUCAAUACGUGUUUUAUCUAAACAACUUCCUGGUUGCCGGAUUGUAUUGGUGUUCAGGCAAGUGACUGUGGGCUGUUGAUGUGAGAGGUAUACGGCAGGGGUUGGUUUUGAAUUGGACUGCUUGUGGUCUGUGUCUCUGCUACUCUCACUGAUGCCGAGUGUCACUGUAACACCACUACUGCCUGUGACAUGUUCCCCUUUACUCCCUGUAGCCAGGUCGGUGAUCCAGACAGAUGUCAGGAAGGAUGGUUCGGUUCCUACUGCCAGAAACAAAACAUUGCCUUAGGGAGACUUUGUAACCAGAGUAGUAUACUGCAAGAUCUUCCAACUCUGUAUCAAGCAGCCCUUGGUGUAGACGGCAGAGCCACCACAAAUGCCUCGAGCUGGCCACAGACAUGUGCCCAUACAAAGAAUGAGUCAAAUCCCUCCUGGACCGUGAACCUGAACACUUCAGUUCGAGGGAAGAUACAACACAUCAGACUUUAUAUACGCGACAGGCUUCAGGAGAGAAGCAACGGCAUGGAGAUACUUGUGGGCAGCCAGAUGUGCUACAACUGGUCAUCAACUGAACAUCCUCCUCCUAUAGCUAACUUCACCUGCCGCCAGCCACUGACAGGAACCACGGUCACUAUACGGAUACCUGGUCCAAUGAAAUUCCUUACUUUGUGUGAAGUGCAGAUAUUUGUUUGCAGUGAUGGGUGGUUUUCUGAGGAUUGUGACAAACAGUGCCGAUGCCGUAACAGUACUGAUGUAUGUGACAAGAUCACUGGUCAUUGUUCUAGUGGAUGUUUCCCAGGAUAUCAUGGCACCGACUGUCAAGCAGCAUGUCAAGAUGGUAAGUUUGGUGAUAACUGUGCCUCCAAGUGUGGAAACUGCCUCAGUGGUGUCAUCUGUAACAAGACCACGGGAGCAUGUCCUGGAGGAAGUGCAGCAGGAUGGGUCAGUGACGACUCGUGUAUGGAAGGUUAGUACACACACUCUCGACCACAGUAAGAUAAAGGUGACCACAAAACAUAUUGCUGGCUCCGUUUGAGGUUUAUGGUAUACAGUACAACCCAAGUUAGGAACCUUAUCAACCAUGUUGCA